AUGCCGCUUACUUCUUUUUCGUCGAUGCCACCAUCUUCCUCACGUUUUGUCCCGCGCUACGAGAGAUUCACACACGAGGACUGCGGGCAAACCUCCCUCCACAUCCGCAGCCACUCCCAUUACUGCUACUUUUGUCAUCCUUCUUAUCACCUUACCCCGUCCUUCUUGUCACAACCGACCACCCUUGUUAGUAACCGGGUAUCUAUCUAUCUAUCUAUCUAUCUAUCUAUCUAUCUAUCUAUCUCAGUCUAUUCAUAUCUAUCUCAGUCUAUUCAUAUCUAUUCAUAUCUAUCUAUCUAUCUAUCUAUCUAUCUAUCUAUCUAUCUAUCUAUCUAUCUAUCUCAGUCUAUUCAUAUCUAUCUAUCUAUCUAUCUAUCUAUCUAUCUAUCUAUCUAUCUAUCUCAGUCUGUUCGUAUCUAUCUCAGUCUAUUCAUAUCUAUCUAUCUAUCUAUCUAUCUAUCUAUCUAUCUAUCUAUCUAUCUAUCUCAGUCUAUUCAUAUCUAUCUAUCUAUCUAUCUAUCUAUCUAUCUAUCUCAGUCUAUUCAUAUCUAUCUCAGUCUAUUCAUAUCUAUGUAUCUAUCUCAGUCUAUUCAUAUCUAUCUAUCUAUCUAUCUAUCUAUCUAUCUAUCUAUCUAUCUAUCUAUCUCAGUCUAUUCGUAUCUAUCUCAGUCUGUUCUUAUCUAUCUCAGUCUAUUCAUAUCUAUCUAUCUAUCUAUCUAUUUUGUCCUUAAAAAAAUUCAUUUACAAAAUAUUUUUUUUAAAAAUGUUAGUUAA